AUGUCAGUGUCGACGUCUUUUCUAGACAAUGUUAAGGAGCCUGAGAACUUUAAUCCUGAACCGGCACCAUUUGAUCUUAUCAUCUCGGAGCUAGUUUUAAAGUUGGAAUCUACAAACCAUGAAAAUAUGGCUCCCUUUGGCACGGUGAGCGCUAAAAAGGUGAAUAUCAUUGAAGAGUUCAUAAAAUUAUGGAGAACGCACUUUGGUGUCAAUAUCUCUCCUGCGCUUUCCCUCAUUUUCCCCAAUAAAGACAGUAGGAAGUAUUUUAUUAAAGAUGUUGCUCUAACACGGCUAGUGAUUAAACUCUUGCGACUACAGCAAGGAUCGACUGACUAUCUGAUAAUAAAAAAUUGGAAGAAAUCUUACCAACAAAAGAUUCAAUUAACGGGCUCUAAUGAACAUCGACUGACUGGCGACUUGCCCUUGAUUAUCGCUCGAAUAAUGCUGAGAAGAAGAGAUCCUAAUUCCGUGGUUGAAACUUCUGUCACUGUAACUGAAGUAAACGAUGUUCUUGAUAAACUCAGCCAAAAUACCCUGGCAUCUGAUCAAUUGGAAGUAUUGGACCCAUUCUUGGACAGAUUAACAAUCACUGAAGUCCGUUUUUUCUUUCAAAUCAUCUUGAAAGAAUCAAUGUUGUCCUUCUUUGAGCGCAGCUUUUUUAUUGCGUGGCAUCCUGAUGCAUUUAAUCUUUACAAGGUUUGUAAUGACAUAAAGAAGGUAUUCUGGCUCCUAACAGACCCAGAGAAGAGAUUGACCCCACAGCAAUUAUGUGUUCAACCGAUGUAUUCAUUUAUUCCACAGUCGUCGAAAUCCUUAACACUUUCUUACGAAAAUUUGUGCAAGAAAAUGAAGUCUGGGAUGUCUUUAUCAGACAAGGAUCCUAAACUCGUUAACUUAUACAAGGAUGAAGGAAUUCAGGACCAUUUUUUAAUUGAAGAAAAAAUCGAUGGAGAUAGAAUGCUUAUGCAUAUGGUGGAAGGAAACUUCAAGUGGCACACCAGAAGAAGGAGAGACUAUACUUUCAUUUAUGGUGAGAACUAUCAUCUUGGAUCCUUGACCAAACACUUAACCGGCGCUUUUCAUAAGAAUGUGAAAAGUAUUGUUCUUGACGGUGAAAUGGUAGCAUGGAGCAAAGAUCGUCAAUUAGUACUUCCAUUUGGAACUCUCAGGUCCGCUGCGGUUCAAGAAGCACUAAGACAAUUCGAUGUGGUUGAUGUCUAUGAAGGGAACAAUAGCUGGCCAUUGUUCAUCAUUUUCGAUAUUCUACAUCUAAAUGGACAAGACUUGAGCAACUUGCCGUUAUUCUACCGUAAGGAUUUGUUGAGCAAAGUUGUUACCAAUGUUCCACAUAGGUUCGAAAUCCUUGAAUGGGUUAAGGCUAGCACACCUGAUGAUAUCAAGCGAAAUAUGCAACGCAUCGUAUCCGAAAGAAACGAGGGAAUUAUGGUGAAGUCAUUCUUGCUGAAGUAUCGUGUCCAUAGCAGAGAUUCCACGUGGAUAAAAGUAAAACCUGAGUACUUGGAAAACUUCGGCGAAAACCUUGAUUUAGUGGUUGUGGGCAAAAUUGGAAGAAUUAAAACAUCGUAUAUUUGUGGGCUUCGGGAUGAAGAAGAAGAAGGAUGCUUCAAGCUGUUUUGUAUGGUUGCUAAUGGCUUCCUGAAGGCAGUAUACCGUCAGAUUGAAUCAAAGUUAUAUAAUUUUUGGGUAAAUUACAAAGAAAGAAAGCCACCUGAAGACUUAGUGAAGUUUGGGACAAGGAAACCAGAUUUUUGGAUCAAUCCUGCAAAUCUGAUUGUUUUGGAAAUCAAAGCGAGGUCCAUUGAGGUUACCGCUGAGACACCUUAUGCGGCUGGACUGACUUUACAUAAUCUAUGGUGCCGUGCUGUCAGAGAAGACAAGGGGUACGAGGAGUGUAUUACUUUGCAGCAGUACCAGGAACUUAAAAUGAGAUACUCGACGGAUGUCUUCAAACAACAAACAGUCAACCGUGCAAGGAAGAGAGGAUUUGAAAAUUCCAUUUAUGAUAGGUUCGCUACUAAGAAGAGACAGCGGAUCGUGCCAAAAAGCGACGUAUUUCAAGGGCUACAUUUUGUUGUUGCCACAGACGCGAGAGAUCUCCAGAGCCAUGAGCUUAUAACAAAAGAAGAGAUAGAGCGUCGUGUGAAGGAAUAUGGUGGGUCGAUAUUGCUACACCCAAAACAGGAAAAUAUCCAGGCACGAAACAUCAUAAUUUUGGGUCAAUACGUUACCCCUCGAAUAUCAAUGUGGGUUAAGGAAGGUUUUGAUAUCAUUCGACCGCAAUGGGUUUUUGACUGUAUACGCUACCAUACUAUACUAGGGAUUGAACCACAACAUAUCGAGCAAUCUGGAAAUGCAAAAUUAAGACGCUCUGCUUCAGAAACAACAGACAAGUAUGGGGAUAGUUAUGUAAUAAGCUUCCCCAGUAGCAAAGGAUUGUUCAAGUGGCUCAAAAAAAUACCCAUGUCUCAGCAACUUUCGGCAGGAUGUCUCGAAGAUUGCCGCAAAGACUUUUACAAUGCGGAGAAGUUGUCCAACAUGUCGCUAUUCGCAGGUUCGCAUUUUUAUGUCUUAGAAGGCGGAGACAAUAGUACAGAUAACGCAAUUCAUAAACAAGCACAAAGAAGAAUUCUCCGCUUUGGUGGCUCCCUAUCCUUGGAUGCCACUAAUUGCACAUACGUGGUUGUACCAGAUGAAGUUCUCACGAAUAAGAAGCUACAAGAAGCGGUUCGAAUUACAAGCCGGAAAAUUGCUGAGGGAUACGAAGAGGGCAAAAAAAUACCCAUAAUAGUAAUGCAGUCUUUUAUCGAUGAGAGCAUUCACCAAGCCGAAAUUGUGGCUAGUGAGGAUUUUAGAGUGGUCAUAUGA